GAUGUGUCAGAUAAUAAAUUGACCCAAGUACCACCCUCCAUGCCUCCUUCUCUAACCUCUCUCGAACUCGGCCAAAAUAAAAUUCUUAUUCUUCCUCCUGGUUGGAUCCAAUCGUGUACUCGCCUACAAGAGUUGAACAUUUCAAAUAAUCAACUUGAAGAUCUUGGAGUUACCACUGAACCUGCACUUUUGUCGCUUACACUUCUGAAUCUUCAUAAAAACCAUCUUCGUGACAUUCCUAAACUUGCCGUCUUUCCCAAGCUCAUAGAUCUAUAUCUUGGUGAUAAUCGUAUUGAAACUUUCUGCCUGGAAAAAUUCGAUGGCUUAAAAAGUUUAUCAACUCUUGAACUCAGUCGAAAUCGUAUUUCUUCUGUACCUGAUAAUAUUCCAAAUACCCUGCCAAAACUUUGCAGAUUAAAUCUUUCCAACAAUGACAUAAAAUACGUUCCAACAGACCUGGGUUUAAUGGAAUCUCUCGAGGUUUUACAGUUGAGUGCCAAUCCUCUCAGAAGCAUACCCCAAGAUGUGUUAAGUUCUGGGAGUCGAGCUCUCAAAGAACUACUUAGAGAUCGGCAUGAACCUAUAAAGAAACCUGAUUCUCUGCAAUCCUCUAUCAAAGAGGAAACCAAAGCAGUCGCUGAACCUCUUCAAUCAAGUCCGUAUGAUUAUCUUUCCGUGUUGAACACAAACACGGGGGUUCUGAAUUGGGGUCAGGACAAGAAACAGGCUACAGGAAACAAAUUUCCUAGAGGUUUUACUACGGACCCUGCAGAUCAGACACUUCCUCCGCUAGAUGAUGAAGACACUUGGAAGUCUGUGGCCCUCAAAGGCUGCAAACCGGAUGCUUUAGUCAGAACGGUAAUUCUCUCUUCUCGCCAACUCAAUCAAUUUCCGUUAGGAGUUCUUGCUUUUCGUUCUUCGCUUGCAGAACUAAAUUUGUCUCGCAAUAAAUUAGCUAAACUUCCUGAAGAAAUUGGUCUUUUAAGCAAAUUGGAAAAUCUCGAUGUUAGCUUUAAUGCCCUAACAGCACUUCCUGAGGCAUUAAGCAAUCUUUCAUGUCUUGCUACUCUCAAAAUCGAUUUCAAUCCUGGAUUAGGACCAGAAUUGCCCUACUCAAUUUUAUUCGAAGAACCUCUGAAACGAAGCCUUCGAGAAAUUUCGGCGUCUGGUUGUCGUUUAACACGUUUACCCCCGGCUGAACUCAUUUCAAAGGAUCGAAUGCCACAGUUGACGUCAUUUGACGUAUCCGAUAAUAAUAUCGACGCUCUGCAACCCGAACUAGGGCUUUGUACUCAAAUCCAGAACCUUCAUUUGAGUGGAAAUAGUUUCAGGAUUCCCCGGCCAAAUAUCGUGUGCAAGGGAACUGCUGCAGUUUUGGAAUAUUUACGCUUGAGAAUUGCUCAAUAG